GGGGUCUUCGUUUGGUGUGGCAGAAAUUAUUAUUAUUAUUUGUUUUUAAAUAAUUCGAUUAAAAAUUGAAGUGAGAAGAAAUUAGCUAAGAAAAAUGACGUCAUCGUUUGAUACCGAGGGCCUUAUUUUUUCGUCAUUUUUUGUGUGUGGAUGAAAAUAACGAGGUGGACUUUGUGUAACAAUGACGUAACUGUAGGGUGAGGGGAGAGAGAAACUAUGUUUCCAUAUUGACAUAAAGGCCAACGAUGAAGAGGGGAGGAAGGGCCUGUCUGCAUACACAGGUGUAUGAUUUGCUCUAAUGAUUCGGAAGAAUAGAAUGUACUCAAGUAACGAAUGAAACGUGUUUCUUUCUUUGACGAUAUAAACCCGAUUUUUUUUAUAAACCCUGGAUGACGUAACAGCUGCUUUUCUGAAUGAUCAAACUUGUUUAAAACUCAAUUUGUUGUUGUUGUUGUGUGCGACUAUAAAUAGCGGAACACGUUUGAAUUGAAUUUAAACAAGUCCCAACUGUUUGGCGUACAUUUCAAUUGUAACGAGGGCCUUUUCUUUGUGUAAUCAUCGGUGCCCUAUAACUAAAGCCUUUUCUAUCUGUUUAUAUACAAGAUCGAGUGUUAAUGGAGCUCGUGAUUUGUGGUGAACACACAAGAGCUUUAUAUAUACAAUACGUAGACAAUCUCUAUUCGAAAGUAGUAUAGGCUACCUUGAUGAUCAUCCACACAUUCGUUGUAUGGUGAAUGACAUGGGUCAAUACCCUUGUGCACACAAUCUGUUAUGGUUUGAAUUUCAUUCGUGUGUGCAUCCCUCUCUUUUCUCUUUGUAUACACAACCCACCCCCACUAUGUCAUAAUCUCUGCCUUACAAUCCUCUUUUGUUGUGUAUGUACAACAGAACUAUAACGUGCCAAAAGAGAAGGGGGAGAUGUGUCAAGGGGGGCACAGAAAAGUAGCAAUACACAUCCGGCGGGAAUUUGAAAGAAAAAAUCCAUGUAAUUCAAUCUAUACGAAGGAAGGAUAAUAAAAUCACGGCUGUAUAUUAUUAGAUGACAUCAGAAAUCUAUUUUCAGCAAAAAAAAGAGUAAUCCAUCUGGACAACUGUUUAUUGCCACACGAUUGAUUAGCUGAUUUUCAUUUACAGUGAAAUGUAUACUAUGUAUACACACAAUGAACCGCAAUCAUCUUAUUUAAUGAGAUGACGGAGUAUAUAAUAGCAUCAAAGGUACAUAACAAUCGAUGUUAGACAACAGAGGCCGUCUCUCCUGUAUUUUGUAUCCGCUUCUAGUAUAUACGUACUUCCUUUCAAACAUGUGAUGUCGAGUGCUGGGGCUCUCCAUCGUCCUUUUGUUUCUUUUCGUGUUACGAUUCUACGCGACACACAGUACACACUAUAUAGAAUAAAGUGGCAUGGAACAGUCUCAUAUCGUCCCAACAUUUUUUGUUUUUUUUUGUUUUUUCGUUUCUUUUCUUUCCCCGGCGUGAGUACGUUACCAUAUGGCACUGCACACACGGCCCUACGCGGUCAUGCAAUGUCAUCAAAUGUCUCCACCCUCCUUUCUUUCUUCGCCCCCCUCUAUGUACACACAAUUUUUUAUUUUGAGCGUUAUUCCCUUUGUAACGUUUACGCGUCUUUCAAUUUGAAUUUGAAAAAGAUGCAAGCGAUUCAAAUGAGGGCAUCGGUGUAGCCAUUUGCGUUGCGAUGAGCUAAUGCGGGGUAGUUGUAUUGAGUCGUCGCUCGUGCAUUUUGUAUGCAUAUAUACGACUCUAUGUACAUAAAGCAUUCACGAUAAAAAAAUGAUGUGUUGGAUGUGGCCGUGUACAAAUAAAUCGACUGUUCUUGACCUUUCUUACAGCCAUUAAUGUAGGCGACCACCUGAUGAUGCAUACGAAAUUAUCUGUUUUUGUAUACAAAUGCAACCAUUCACGUACAGUAGCAGAAAAGCACAAAUGGAUGGGUCACAAACGGGGAUCUUCAACUGUUUCACGUUCAAUCGUGAACGUUAUUAGUUGUUACUGAAUAUGCAUAGACUUUUGUUAUUAAAAAGAGCAAGGAGGAAAGCCAACGUGUAUUGAGAUGUAAGGUCUUGUUAAAUAUUUCAAGUCCACAGGCAACACAUAACUCAUUUCAUUUUAGAACGUUCAACGACGCAUGCAUACAUAAUUCCCAUUUCACGACCCAUACCUUCAACAAAAACAAAAGCAAACCCCAUACCAAACUUUUGCUGAGAUUGUCUCGACUAUUUUUAGAAUGACUCUUAAUUUUUCCUUUAUUUAAGGCUUUACAGGCCUGGUAUAUAAAAUAAUUAUGAAUACGUGGGUUUAGGAUUUUUCGGGAACUUUUUUUAAAUAUCCUCUUCUCUUUUUAUCUUUCAAUUUUAAUAAUUGCCGUCAUAACUGUGAACUGUUUCCGAAAGAGAAAGGCGACGCUUAAAGCCAAAAGUUUUGUUCAUCAAAGCGAAAGAAAACGAGGGGGAGGGGGAGAGUCCUGAAUCUGUAAAUGGCGCUAAAGACAAACUAAAAUAGGCGAGGCUGUUUCGUGAUGCUGUUUUCACGGGCCACAUAGAUGAAUGAGCGGCGCAAACGCGGGGGCCAUCUCUAAUUGGUUGACGUCGAUAGCGUAUAGGAAACGCUACAACUCCUCCCACCGAUAGCCGAGUUUUGGGCGGAGCCUUUUCCUUAUUCCACACGUCUCUAUACACGCUGCGAACUCCACCCCGAUCAAGGUCCCGCAGAGGCAAGAGAAAAAGAGGAGCACUGCGGCAAGAGUAACAGCAGUAAUAUAGAUGAGAGUGAGACAGAGAGAAGCGAAACAAAAAUUUAGGUCCGGUGCACACAAGUUUGACACGCUGUUCGUUCAGUUGCCGGACUGCCAUAUACCCCCAUUUGAUGAGCGCCAAUUCAUCUUUUAUUGUUUCUCGUUCACGCUCGCACCUCACCCUCCUCUAAAGAAGGGGUCCUUCUACGAAAGAGAACGUACACACAAAAGGAAAACGAGUUGCGAUUCUAGUCACGUUUCGUGCUGCGUGUUUUGUUUUGUUUGUUUUUUUUUCAAAUCGGUUUCGUGAAGUCGGUUGUUUUCUAAUGCAGACCAGUUGUCUUUAACCGAUUCCCAUAACAGAGCCGCCAUCUUUUUCGAUACGUGUAGAACACACGAUUGAUUUCACCCGCCUGGUGUCCAGUUAAAGAACAGAAGUACAAUUGCUGUAGCUAAUCGAUUUCAGAGGAUCUACGCGGGAAAUUCAAAGUUACAUUUUAUUUUCAUUUUUUUUUAAACUCGUGUUGUGUUGGUGUGUGUGUGUGUGUAUGUUGGCCGCUUGAAUCAUUGAUCGAAACGACAUGAUGUACGCGACGGACAGUAAGGAAAGCAUCCACCAUCAUCACCAUUCAUCGCCGAGUAGCGGUAGCAGUGGCAAUGGCGGUAGCGGUAACAACGGCAAACCCAUCAUCACUUCGGCUGCGGCUGCGGCUGCGGCCGCGGCAGCCGCCGCAGCAGCCGCCGUCGUCAACGCCGGUAAUUCGUCGUGCUACUCUUCCGCAGCCGGCCGAUUUUCGCCCACUUCCUACCGCACAUCCGCCGCUGAAUCUAUGAGACGUUGCAUGACAAAUUCCCAGAGUCGGGACUAUGGCGGAGGAUUUCUGUACGGCCAACCGGAAUUGUUUGGAAGUCUUGGCGAUGGUUUACUAGCCGCACGAUCGGAAGCUCUGGCUGCUGCAUCGUCUGGCGGAGGUGGCGGAAGUGGAAGCGAAUCGUUGAAACCGUUGCGUAAUCAUCACGACGGCAAUGGAUUCCUUCACGGUCACGUCCCUUCGUCCGUCUCCGUUACGGCAACGAUCCAGUCCAGCCAAAAUGGACGCCAACAUCAGAUGGGGCAUCCGUCGCUGGAUACGAUGGAAAUGAUGGAAGCAUUAUCGGUCAGCACUUCCGUCGGCGGAUCGUUGAAUUCCAUGUCGUCCGAUCAGAACGGGAUGUCGUCUGGCAACGGCGGAUUGGGUCAUCAGCACAAUCCGUUCGGAAACGGAGGCAACGGAAGCGGAAACAGCGGUCACCAUCAUCACAAUUCCGGUGGAGGAGUUUCAAUGUCGAAUCAUCCGGGAUUGCACGGCAUGUACAGUCACGCGGCCAUGGCCAGCAACGCCAUGAUGGCGUCGCACAGUCACCACCAUCAUCACGCGGCGGCUGCUGCGGCAGCGGCCGCAGCAGCCGCCGCCGCCGGACUAUCCGGCCACCAUCAUCAGCACAGUCAUCCGCACGGACAUCCGCAUCACAUGUCAAUGGCUCCUCAUCACGCUCACGCGGCCGCAGCUCACGCCCAUCAGUUGCAUCAGCACAGCAACGCUGGAAGCAACAACGGGAUGGCCGGCAUGGCUGGAAUGGCCGGCAUUCCGCUCGGCAUCCACGAUACGGAUUCUGAUCCUCGAGAGCUGGAAGCGUUUGCCGAACGAUUCAAACAGCGUCGCAUCAAAUUGGGCGUCACCCAAGCUGACGUCGGUAAAGCUCUGGCCAAUCUCCGCUUGCCCGGCGUCGGUGCCCUGUCACAGAGUACUAUUUGCAGGUUCGAAUCGUUGACGUUGUCACACAACAACAUGAUCGCGUUGAAGCCGAUUUUACACGCGUGGCUGGAAGAAGCUGAAGCGCAGACGAGAAACAAGCGUCGCGAUCCGGAAGCGCCAUCGGUUCUUCCGGCUGGCGAAAAGAAGCGCAAGAGGACGUCGAUUGCCGCACCGGAGAAACGAUCUCUCGAGGCCUAUUUCGCUGUCCAGCCGCGUCCGUCUGGCGAGAAGAUCGCCGCCAUUGCCGAGAAACUCGACCUCAAAAAGAAUGUCGUCCGCGUUUGGUUCUGCAACCAACGCCAGAAACAGAAGCGCAUGAAAUUCGCUGCCCAACAGUCGUGCUGAAUCCAUCAAUUUUCCUUUUUCACGAGAAAAAGAACAAGUAAAUUUAAUUAGGUUAAAUUUUAAUUUAAAAAAAAGAAAAAAACGGAACCAAAGAAAAUUGAGUCAGUCAUUUAAUUGAUUUAUAUAUUUAUAUACAUAUAUAUAUCUAAUACGAAUAAGCUUAAAAAAAUGAUUACGUGUCCACUGGUCUGGUCAUUUCGAGUCCCUAAAUAUUCUCUGGUCACCACUAACGGGGGGGAAAGAAAUCCCGCAAUGUUUCUGUUUCAAUCAAAUUCAAAAUGUCUGUCCCCGCUUUGAUUUUGAUCCGACUGUCUUUGUUUUAAGCUAGAGUAUUAUUAUUAUUAUUCUACAUUCAUAGUAACAUAACGUGCUCAACGUCGAUCUCGAUUUAAACACAAACAUAUAAAUAUUUAAUCAAAUCUAUAGAAAUUCAUUUGACAUUAUAUCGAUACGUAUCCAUACGGUCCUUUAAAAACUAUUCUUGACGUGUGUAUACGCAACGUGUUCCCAAUUUUUAUUAACGUGUAAUAUUCGGCGCCAAUCAACAGGGUUUUCUCUUUUCAUCUUUGAUUUUGGUUUAUUUUUUUUCGUUUUUAGAUUAAAAACGAUUUUUGAUUUCUGCUAUGUGUCGUGCUGAUUUUAUUCUAUUUAUAUUAGCGUGCGAUUUUGUUGUUGUAAUGUUCGUCGCGGCUAAAAAAAAGCUUAAAUUACUGACAAGAUAAAAAACAAAAAAAAAAAUCAUUUUUCAUGCACACACGUCGUUAUUGAUCGUCCCUCCCAAUUUACCUUGGCCGUCGUGUCAAUGUGUAUAUAUAUUGAUCUCUUUUUCUCACAGUCUUUUAGCAUUCAUCAUAUUCAAACCAUAUAAUAUACAUGUGAUAUGAUCAAGAUUAUCGAGGAAGGGAAAAUAUAUAUAUAUAUAUAUAUGCGAUUAAAUAUAGCUAUAAAUGUAGAAAUAGCCAUACAUUGUGUUGUUGGGUCCAAUCUCCCCCCAACAAGUUGACUUCUUUGAACGUUCAUUUCGUCUUGAUUUUUAAGUCCCACGUUUUGAAAUCUUGUCAUCCUCUUUUUACUUGAUUUUUGGAGUUAUCACAUUAUUAUUAUGCUGUUUUUUUUGUUUUUUUUUUUAAUUCUCUGGUGUGUCUGUUUUCAUUCAAAUGGCUGGAGACGUGAACUCAAAAAAGCAAAAAAAAAAAAAACAGAAUUUGUGACGUCAAUAUUUCACCCAGUUGAUUGUUGUUUCGAUCUCUAAUAUUCCUCGGCCUGUUCCCGUCCCUGCGAAAAGUAAUCUUUUUCUCUGAAUAAAACAUUUCAUUCGGUUAUAAA